UCUCACACCCUCUCGAAAUCUGACGGACUGUACAAUCGUCCUGCUAGAGCAUGAAUCAAACGAAGAAGUGACCAUGAUCGUUCACUACGAUAAAGAGAAGCAAGUUUUCUUUUCGGAUGGAAACGGAGUUGUCGACACUAGCAAACGCUUCGAAGUAACUCCUAUGCCUCUCCCCUUCAAAGUACCGGCCCACGGUACUAUCAGAAAGGUUACAGGUAGUAGCUCAUAUGGCCAUGCCAAGAAAUCUGAAGUUGUCGGCACUUCGACGACGAGUCGCCCCAAGCAGCAAGCCGUUGUCAAGGGUUUGUCGAGCCCUUCAAACCGCGCGCCCACUCGGAGCCAUCGAGACCACCAGUUGAGUGGAACAUCCUCAACUCGUCGUGUUGGAAAACAAAAUGGCUGCCAAAGCGUCUCCAUUCGCCGCGAUUCGAGCAAGCCCCAACGACACCCUCAAAAGAACCAAUUCAGUGGACGUUCUCCCAGUGCGAAUCGCCAUGUUGAACACAAGCAUGAUACCAACAGUGUUGCCCGUCGAGACUGUUUCCGCGACUUGCAUUGCAGCCCACUCCGUGGAUCUGGUGUCAAGAAAGCUGCAGUUCGCGCAGGUGGGGUCCCCAGCGGAGUUCCACCCCCAAAUAAUCGUUCUUUCAUGGCACCAUCUCCCAACAAGUCCAACGACUACGUCUUGGACCAUCGCAGCACCCGGGCCCGUGUUCACUUCGGACCCCGCCCAAAUCAUACUGAAAGCACGGUCGUCUACGUUAAGUCUCGGGCAGCAGGACCAGAAGUCAGCCACAAGGAAAACGUAUUGGCCUUUCCGCUCCGUCGAACGCGAAGACUGGCAAGGAUGCCCCAGAGAAAGAAGACGACAAAGAAGAAUACGUUACCGUCGUUCGCAUCAGUUUGUUUCGUUACAUGCUCGCAUCGAUGGGAAUUAUGAAGCCUCCAACCGGAGUUAAAGUGCCACUCAAAAAGGAAAAGAAGACCAAACAGAAGAAAUGUUUCUUUCUUGGACGACGAAACAAGAAGACCUGAGUUGGCUCCGAGACUCGACUUGACCAAACGAAUGAUCAAUCAAACAAGACACUACAGAACAACUGACUAAUCUAAUCGUUCCCGCAGCAUAUCAUACCGAUCUCGGAGUCGAGUCGAGUCGAGUCAACUACAUGUAUUACUUUGAAGUGCCAAUAAUUUGGGAGCACUGCCUAGAUCUACCUUGUACGGUACCGGUACCGGUACCUGUACCCGGUACCGGUACCUUGCUUUUGUGAACUCGAUUGGGAGCUACCAAAACUUCCAGACAAUGGUACCGGUACCAUGGUAUUGAGACAGCAACGAGCUUCAAGAACGACAAACUCGUUUGUUGUUUCUAAAAGCUUAUUCUAGUUCAUUUUCCAUCAUACCUUCAUAGCUAGCUAUUAAUACUCUUAAAAACAU